GUCCAUCAAAAGCUCCACGAGCAGUGACCAAUAAGGCAUCUCUGAUUAUUUAGUUGCACAAGGCGUGUUUUUCACUUGAACUCCUGCUCGGGGCAUUUUCAACUUUGUGAAAGUUGAACUGGAGUGAGACAAAACCAAACAUUUUCAACAACGUUUCCGAUGGGUGCGUAAAUCGUUGUCCAGGAGAACGGGCUCGUUCGUUGACAUGUCACCUGGCCGUGAAGGUUUGUGGGCACUUCUUGUCCUUCUGCUAGUUCGGCGCGGCGAAGGAGGCUGUAGAAGCGCAGGCCUGUGCUGCCCUGGCCGAGAUCUGUCUUGUGUGACUCAGGACAGCAGGAUAGACGGGGCCAACGGAGACUGCUUCUGCGACCAAGCCUGUCUGUCUACGCUGGACUGCUGUCAUGAUUACGAGUUCGCAUGUCCAGCCGUUCCGUGUGUCGUGAGUGAAUGGACUCACUGGUCGGGUUGUGCGGAGCCAUGUCGUGCCACAGUGCGCGUGCGACAGAGAACCGUACUGCAGGACGCUCAGAACGGAGCGCAUCCAUGCCCGACGCUACAAGAGAACGCAGGCUGCGCUGAGUACCACGACCGACAGCGCCAGUGUCGUCAGACUCUCGUGCCAGCUCUCAUUACCACUGGUGGCUAUGGCAAUGCCAGGAAAAAGAGGGAUGUCCUGGACAGUGGGGACAUUGCUGGGUACUGUGUUGAAUUUCAGCUCACUUCCCUGACUGAGGGCUGUGCGAGAAGCGUUGGUGCUCACACCCGCUGGAUGCAGUACCUGCGCGAGGGUCACCACGUGUGUGUGGAGUGCCAACCGCCGGCCCUGGCCUCCGGACAGACACACUGCUCUGGAGAUGGAGAGAAUUCCACCGAGGACGGGAACGUGUCUCUGCAGUGGCAAGCAGUGGGCAACCCGAGGUGUAGAGGAUUAUGGAAACGAGUCCGGAGACAGGAGUCCUGCACCUGCCCCUCUGUACACAGCUUCCUGUUCAUUUAGAUAUUCUACUCUACCACACACACACACACACACACACACACACACACACAAUACAAAUACACUUGAACAAAUACAUUAAUGCUUUACUGAGAACAGGAGAAAACAGCAGUAGUUUCACUGUCAAUAUUACUGUAGUAAUACUGAGAUUGUUUUGGUUGCACUACAUGUAACUUUGAACCACAUAUCCAUUGAUUUUCUUGAAUUUCUGUUGAAUGUAAUGCCUUAUCUUUUGGACAUCCUUGAAUGAUAUGUUAGUAGGCAUAGCUUGUUUUGAGGCAAGCACUCUUGAGACAUGCAUAUCCAUUGUUAAUAAUAUUUCUGUUAAAAACAAGCCACAGUUGUCUGUGCUUGCAAGCUGGAAAAUAAAUAUCUUUAGACUGUUA